GUUGUUUCUGAGAUUGCUGUUUUUUUUUUGGAAUGGGGUGGUGUGGCGUGGGUGGUGGGGUGGGAGCUGAUUGAUGGAUAUAGGUCUGGUUUGGCAUUGCGCCUGUGACGGAUGUGGAGUGGCGGGAGAGGAACCUGGAUGAUAGGGAGAAUAUUGAGGAGGCAAUUGCGAUUAUCAGACAGGUUGUUGAUGUUUUUGAUUAUUUAAGGGGCCCGGAUGUGCAGGGGAGGCUGAGGGAUGGGUAUAAUCGGAUUUGGGCUGAGUGGGACGUAUUUCAAGAUGCUGUUAAUGCGAUGUGUGAGGAGAAGGGGGAAAGCGGACCGGAAUGGAGUUUGAGCAAGCUGUGGAGGGAGUAUAUGCAUAACCACUUUGAGUUUAUGGAGAGUCAAGCUCGCGCCUGGGUAUUUGGACGACUCCUAAAGCUCCACACUUUAUGGAAGACGCACUUCCUGGAAGUGUUGCAGUCGGGACACUCUAUCAACGAGACACAGACCACAGUCCGCAUCGACCACCACGCCAUGCUCAUCCUUAACACCCUCCUCGACCUUUACAUCGACGCCGACAUCGCCAUCCACGGCCGCACCGACGGCUUCGUUUUCGCCCACGGCGUUGACAGACGCCUAGUUAACGGUGACAAACCCGAGACCUCGCCGAAACGGCUCAAUGGUAUUUAUGCAGGCAUAGAGAGGAAACGCGUGGCUGAUAUGCGAUCUGUUUUGAAGGCGGCGGUGAAGGAGCACAAGAGGGCGUAUGAGGCAGAGACGAAAGUGCCGGGCUUUAUGAAGGCGCCGAUGACGAUCACGCAUCGGGAGUUUGGGCAUAAGCAUUUGCAGCCGCAGUUUGAGGCGCCGUUGGUGUUGGAGGCGGAGGGGUGGGUUAGGGAGUUGGGGAGGGAUGAGGUGGAGGGGUUUGGGUUUGUGGCGUAUAGGGUGUCGUAUGAGGAGAGUGAUGAUAAGUGGGCGGAGUUUCUGGGAAAGGUAGAGAAGGGUGUGGAGCUCGGUUGGGAGGGUGUUGUUGGUGCAGAGGGUAUGAAGAAGAAAGCAACGCUGCACUGGGUCGAUGGGCAGGCAGCAUUUAUUGCUGAAGGCGAUUUGGAGGGCGUGCAACGACACUUCAAUGCCAACAUACCAUCAUCCCCGACGGUUUCAAACCAGCUCUGCAUUGUGGCAACCCCAGACGCAGUAUCCAGAUUCCUGCUUCCACCUACAGCUAAGGGUACAGGCGAUUCGCAACCCUAUCUCAUCGCAGUUUCCGCCUCUACAGCUACACCACCUCCCCCCGUUAAAAAAGCCUCUGCCAACGCUACCCCUCACAGCACGGACGACGCUCCUACGACGCCUCCACCCGGCCCAACCACCUUCAAGAUCCCGCCUCGACUUCUCUACACGGACGUAUAUGCUCUCGGUGCCUACUAUCCCACUCUAACUGCAGCCGAUUUCGGCGCACUCGCUGCACAGCACCCGCUCGGGGUCUAUCAAGGCUCUUCGACAGGCGUGCGGCGGCGGGAGUGGCGAAAGGCAAGGGAGGGUGCAGUGGAUGGCCAUGACGCCGAGGGCGAGUAAAUAGGUGCUAGUAAUCCCGCUGCUACCAUAGCCAAAUACGUAUCUCCGUAAAGUCAUAGGACUUAUUGCGCCUCAUGCGUUAUAGCGUGGGCAGAGCUGUUAGAACAGGAGCUGUGAGCCAUGUCAGCUAUAUUUAUCUCGUCCAUAUUAGGCAACGGCCUGCGGUAUGACCAAGACCUCCCAUCAAUCUCCACUAUCAUUUUUCUCGGCCUCCGCAUCCUAGCUCAUUCUCAUGCUCCAUUCUGGCCAUGGCAUGUUGGAUUCCAUAGAAACUUCGGUGGCAACCCCAAAUAAGCUUAUGGUCCGGUCACUGUUGGAAUGAGCCUCUAGCUUGGUCUUCAUCUGCAGGGCAAGCUCACCAUAUACGGAGAAUAUAUGUGAGGCUGGGGACUUUAGGUAACUAACUGAUGCGAACCUGUACUAUGCCAAUAGUAUUUCCUUAGCGAGCUUCUAGACCCCUUGGUAGCAAAGAAAUAAUGGAACAGCUAGUGUUGUUAAAUUCAGAUGCAGCUUUCUCGACAGUGGCCAGAUGUCUGGUGGAUUGGAGCCGCACUUGAUUACCCCGGUAGGGCAUAGUUAGAGUAGUCCGGCCUAUGCCGUAAUAGUUGAAG